ACCCCAUCAUUGCCAUCAAGAAAGCGCUCUCUCUACUCUCCCUCCCUCUCUCUCUCACUCUCUCUCUCUCUUCCAACUAAGAACCACAAUACAAUCACGCCCACACAAUUCCCACAAACAACAGCAUUCCUUCAAUAUUUGUCAUUGUCUCUCAAAGCACAUUUGCCAUUUCAUAUUAGCGUUUUUAGUUUUAUGUUUAUAAAUUUUAGGGGUUAAUUUGGUUUUUUCUUUUCUUCAAUGGGUUUGGUGUUGGUUGGUUGUAAAAUGAUGAAUGAAGUGGAACAUGAGUUUUGAUGAUGGGUUGUUGUUGUUGCUGUGUUUGGUGAGUGAGUGAGUGAGUCAGGGUUCAGCUUCAGCCUUGAGCUGUAUUCUGCUUUGAGUGCAUUAUGGGAAAUUGCUGGUGUAGAUGGCAGCCUCCUUCAAUCUACAGAGUCUCAUCCAACGCCAAAUCAGAGUCUCCAAAAGAGCAGAGCCCUUCAGUGGAAGCAAGGAAAGAUGAUGAUAGUAAGCUACCAUCAAAUCCUGAAGAAGUAGAACACUUGCGUCGUAGUGCAGCGGCAAAUCCAUUGAUUGUGUUCACUUUUGAUGAACUAAAGACAAUUACCGGAAAUUUUAGACAAGAUCACAUGUUAGGUGGAGGAGGAUUUGGAAGUGUUUACAAAGGGUUCAUCACUGAGGAUCUUGGGAAGGGGCUUCAAACUACUCCAGUAGCCGUUAAGGUUCAUGAUGGUGAUAACAGCUAUCAAGGCCACAGAGAAUGGCUGGCUGAAGUAAUUUUCUUAGGGCAUCUUUCUCAUCCAAAUUUGGUGAAAUUGAUCGGAUACUGCUGUGAAGAUGAACAUCGGGUACUGAUAUAUGAGUACAUGGCUCGGGGCAGUGUGGAAAACAAUCUCUUCUCAAGAGUAUUGCUUCCUCUUCCGUGGUCCAUUAGAAUGAAGAUUGCAUUUGGUGCUGCAAAAGGACUUGCUUUUCUCCAUGAAGCUGAGAAACCUGUCAUCUAUCGCGAUUUUAAGACCUCCAAUAUCUUAUUAGACAUGGACUACAAUGCAAAGCUCUCUGACUUUGGACUUGCGAAAGAUGGUCCUGUAGGAGAUAAAUCUCAUGUUUCUACUCGCAUUAUGGGAACUUAUGGUUAUGCAGCUCCAGAGUAUAUUAUGACGGGCCAUCUGACUCCUAGAAGUGAUGUUUAUAGUUAUGGAGUUGUUCUUCUAGAACUUCUUACAGGCAGAAAAUCUUUAGACAAGGCACGACCAGCCCGCGAACAGAACCUUACAGAUUGGGCCCUCCCUAUACUCAAGGAGAAGAAGAAAUUGUUGAACAUUGUAGAUCCAAGAUUAGAUGGAGAUUAUCCGACUAAAGCAGUUCACAAGGCUGCUAUGCUUGCUUAUCAUUGUCUCAAUCGUAACCCUAAAGCAAGGCCGCUAAUGCGAGAUAUAGUGGAUUCCUUGGAGCCUCUUCAGCUUCCAUCUUGUGAGGUUUCAAAUGAGAAGCCUACUCUGACUGUUGUCAUUAGUGAGAAUCCACAAUCAGAAUUUCAAACAAAAGAAGAUGCAAACUGAAACAUACAUGCCCUUUAUUUUUACUCUUUUUUUUUUUCCCCUUUUUUUUGUUUUGUUUUUUUCCCUGCUUGUUUUCUUACUCUCAUGGAGAGCUUUUGCACCAUAUAGAACUUCGUUUGUGUGUGUUACAAAAAAGAAAGAUAAGACUUUUUCUCUUGAAUUUAUUUGGAAAAAUGGUUUACACUUGCUUGAAA